UCUGACAACUUUUUCUUGCGACUGGCGGGAAAGAUUGGUCGGAGUGGGAAGUAAUAAACUAUGAGAUUGCGCGGUCAGGUGGAUCCUGAGGAAGGCUUGGAUGAGUUAUCAUGCACAUUCAGAAGAAUACAUUGAUAGGAAUAUGGAUUCUCCACCAAAUAAACUUCCCCAGUGGAUGACUGAACAGAACAAAGAUGAUUUGUUGCUUGAUAAAAAGCAGAAGAAUCCUGUCCAUCGGAGCGUUCUGGAAGACAGCCUCCCAUUCUUAGAAUUCCAGGGCUCUGUCAUUUACAGCUAUAAUGCUAGUGAUUGUUCCUUACUAUCUGAAGAUAUAGUUACAACUCUGCCUUAUGGAACUGUGCUAGGAUUCGACAUUGAAUGGGCACCACGCUAUGCUAAAGGGAAAGAAGGAAAAGUGGCCUUAAUCCAGCUGUGCGAGUCUGAAAAAAAGUGUUAUCUGUUUCACAUCUCUUCAAUGUCAAGUUUUCCUGUGGGGCUGAAACGUUUGCUUGAAGAUAACCAUAUUAAAAAAGCUGGGGUUGGUAUUGAAGGAGAUAAAUGGAAGUUGCUGCGUGAUUUUGAUAUCAGGUUGGAGGAACUUGUUGAACUGACUGAUCUUGCCAAUGAAAAGCUGAAGUGUAAGGAGAUAUGGAGUUUGAACAACCUUAUGAAGCACCUCUUCCAUAAACAGCUUCUGAAAGAUAAGUUGGUCCGCUGUGGUAACUGGGAACAAUUUCCACUUACUGAGGAGCAAAAGCUGUAUGCAGCUACUGAUGCUUACGCUGGCUUCCUCAUUUACCAAAAACUGGUAAAUAUGAAAUGUGUUAACCAGAUACAGAUUAGUAUUGAAAAAGAUACAUCUCUACUGCCAUGUGAAAUAAAGAAGGAAUUGGCAUCUCUGUCAGAGGAGCUGGUGGAUUUGGUUAAUUGCCUUCCUAGCACUUUUGGAAAGUCUACAAAUGUUCACAGAGCUGCAGAAAUAUUGGCUGGUGUGUCAGAAAAUAUCCAGACCUUAAGGACUUUGCUUCUUGAAUCUCCUGGUGAAAUAAUGCUGAGUGAAUUGGCAGAGCAGGGAACGGUAUAUGGUGAAGAAGAAAAAAGGGAAACAUCAGAAUUUACUUCCAAGUUCAAAUGCAAGUCAAAAGAGCAUUUGGGUAAUAAACUAGCUGGUGUUCAAACUGAAGUCUUGGUGGAAGGUGAAGAACAGCUUAAGAAGAAAGGGGCACAUGAAGCUUUGGACAGAAGAUCUAAAGAAACUGCAGAGGAGGAGUUUUUAAUGUCACUAGAUAUAACUGAGUAUGAACUUCAAAUGUUGGAACGUCAGACUGAGGAAGAGUUACUAAAUGAAGCCGCUUGUGCAUCCCAGGAUUUAAGCUUCAUGGAGGAUGGAGAGAAUUCUUCCUACACCAUUGAAAGUGAUGAUGAAUUUGAGCUAGCAAUGCUGAAAUCUUUAGAAGAAGUAGACAAGUCUGAUGUGGAUCUUACGGAUUCCAGCCUGGAUGAAUCAAAACAUCAGAAUAACAUUACUGCAGAUGGUGAAGAGGAAGAUGAACACAUUAAAGAGGAAGAAGAAAAUUGGGAUUCUUGCUUGCCUAGACCUAAUGCUAAACAAAUUGCCUGCCUAAAGAUGUAUUUUGGACAUUCAAGUUUUAAAAAGGUCCAGUGGAAAGUGAUCUCCUCAGUUUUGCAAGACCGGAGAGAUAAUCUUGUUGUUAUGGCAACUGGCUACGGGAAGAGUUUGUGCUUUCAGUUUCCACCUGUUUACACUGGAGGUACUGCAAUAGUAAUCUCUCCCCUUAUUUCUUUGAUGGAGGACCAAGUACUGCAACUUGAGAUGUCAAACAUUCCAGCUUGUCUGCUUGGAUCAGCACAGUCAAAAAAUGUCACAGCGGAGAUAAAAGCGGGCCACUAUAGAGUUGUUUAUGUAACUCCAGAGUUCUGUUCAGGAAACUUGUUAUGGCUUCAGGAACUUGACCAAACAAUUGGCAUCACACUGAUAGCUGUUGAUGAAGCGCAUUGUAUUUCUGAAUGGGGACAUGACUUCAGAAAUUCCUUCAGGUCUUUGGGGUUGUUAAAGAGAACUCUUCCUAAGGUUCCCUUUGUUGCCUUAACUGCAACUGCAAGCCCUUCCAUCAGAAAGGACAUAGUAGAUUGUCUAAACUUAAAAUCUCCUGAGGUUACAUGUACUAGUUUUGACCGACCUAACCUAUACUUGGAAGUUGGACGGAAAUCUGGAAAUAUAAUUCAGGACCUACAGCAAUUCCUUAUUAAAAAGGACACAUCUGCUUACGCAUUUGAUGGUCCCACUAUUAUUUAUUGCCCAUCAAGGAAGACCACUGAACUCGUUGCCUCAGAACUGAAAAAAUUAAAAAUUGUUUGCAAAACAUACCAUGCUGGCAUGGGAAUUAAAGCAAGGCGAGAUGUACAGCAUAGAUUCAUGAGAGAUGAAAUUCAGUGCAUAGUAGCCACUGUAGCCUUUGGAAUGGGAAUCAAUAAACCAGACAUCCGGACAGUUAUUCAUUAUGGAGCUCCCAAGGAAAUGGAAUCAUACUAUCAAGAAAUUGGAAGGGCUGGCCGUGAUGGACUUCCUGCCUCUUGUUAUGUCCUGUGGACUCCAGCUGACUUAUCUCUGAACAGAAUUCUGCUCAAUGAGAUACAUGAUGAUAGGUUUCGCCUGUACAAAUUGAAGAUGAUGGCAAAGAUUGAGAAAUAUCUCAGCUUGAAGAGCUGCAGACGAAAAGUCAUCUUGUCUCAUUUUGAAGACAAACAACUCCGAAAGUCCUCGUCAGGCAUCAUGGGAACAGAAAAAUGUUGCGAUAAUUGCAGAUUCAGGAAAAUUCACUGCACGCCUGUGGUUGACACAGAAGACAGUUUUGAGGAUUUUGGACAGCAGGCAUACAAACUGAUGUCUGCAGUAUGUGCCUUAAAUGAGAGAUUUGGCAUGUCUGUUCCAGUGCUGUUUCUCAGAGGAUCCUAUUCUCAACGCCUGCCAGACAAAUACCGAACUCAUGCUCUUUUUGGCACUGGGAAGGAUUGGCCAGAACACUCAUGGAAGGCACUGGGCCGACGUCUUGUCUUAGAGGGCUUUCUCAAAGAAGUUUCUGGUCAAAACAAAUUUUCAACUGUAUGCCAACUUGCUCAGAAGGGUAAAGACUGGCUUUGUAAAGCAAGAAAGGAGUCAGGCCAAAAGCUCCUGCUUCAGUCAGAUGAGGAACUGUGUUUAAGGAAAUCUCCUGUAAGCAAUAAACAGAUAUUUUCAGGUGCAGGGCAUUUCUCCAAUGCAAUCUUACCUAAGUUAGCACCAGAAAAGCAGAAGACAUCUUUGCAUGAAAUGUUUGCCUAUCAAGAAACAAGUAAAAUCUCCAGAGGGAUUAUGCUUCCAAAUACAAGUAGUGCUGUGGUGCAGUUGCCACUGAUUCAGACCCCGGCCCACUUCGAAGUAUCCCAGAGAGAGAAGGAAUUACAGACACUGCUAUAUGGCAAACUAGUGACAGCCAGGCAAAAACUAGCCAAUAAGAAAGAUGUCCCACCAGCAGUACUAGCAACAAAUAAAGUGUUGGUUGACAUGACCAUGAUACGGCCUACAACCGUGGCUAAUUUAAAGAAAGUUGAUGGUGUUUCUGAAGCAAAAUCUACCAUAUUAGCUCCUCUUCUGAUCACAAUCAAGGAAUUCUGCCAAGAAAAUAAUUUACAGACAGUCCUUUUCAAGACAUCUGUGUCCAGAGAACAACCAGAUACAGUCCUUCAGAAAGAUGAGAAAUGCAGCACUCUAACAGAAUCAGAACGUAUAACUUACACCUUGUUUCAAGAGAAGAAUAUGUCCUUGGAGAAUUCAGUCGAUCCCAUUGUGCACAAAUCUAUUUAUGAAUCAAGUGAAAAUACAAAGCAAAAUACCUCAUGCACAGAUUCUUCAUCUUUGAUGAAGAGCAGUAGCAGACAGCACUUACUUGGUGAUGUCCAAAGCCGUCAAAGCUCUAUUAAAUUGGCCUCAUGGAAUGAGCCUUCCCUCAGUGCUGAGGAUGAAGAUCUCUUUGCUGAUUGCCAAUCACAGAUCUUAAGGCAUCCUUCAAAAAGGAAGUUACCAGAGUGGUUUGGAACCUCAGAGAGAACGCUUACUCACAUUAAUACUUCUAAGAAAGCCAAGGAAGGUGGAAGCAAAGGUCUUUUUGGCUGAAUUCAAAGUUAUCAUGAAAUUACUUUUAUAUAUAGCACGGAUUUAAGCUUUAUAGCUAAUUCAUACAUUUCAUUCAGUGUGAUCCUUUUUCAAAAUAACUAAUGUUGAGGAAGAAACCUGUUCACUUAUUUCCACAUAAAUCAUGGCUAGAUAUAGGUGUAAAUGAAGCCCUAUCAUUCUUGAAUUGAUUCAUAAACAGGAUAUAUCAGACCUCAAAGCUUGAGCUCCAAGAAAACUAGGAAAAAAGAAAAAUAAUGGAUUAUGUCAGAUCAUAUUUUGAAAUGCUUAUUUUGCUAAAUGCUCUGAAUAUUGGUAUAUUGCAUAACUUCUGUUUAAAUCUGAUAGCCUACAGAAAAGGAAGAGUGCUCCCUGAAGAACAGCCGAAAGCCCUGGCCUUUGAAUGUAUUACUUCAGCUUUCCUCAGCUGCCCUGCUGGUAUUAGCUGAGUUGCAGCUGCACGAAGUGGGCAAUCCCAUGUUCUUGUGUUAUGUUUAUAAUCUGUAUAUAUUACUCCACAGCUGGAUAUUGUGGUGCACAACUAAACUGUAUUAUUGCUAUUGUUAACAUGAUUUAUUUUCUUUAAUUUCAACUAUU